UAGUGUUUUUCACAAUGCGCCGUAUUUUCCGGCGGCCGAUAAUGAGGAAGCCGUGGUGCCGUUGGCGAGAGAUGAUACCUGGUCAUGCGUAGUUGUUGUUCUCACUUUCUGGUUCUUCGGUAGUUUUUCUCAAUAUUUAAAUUAAUUUGAUGAUAUUUUUGUUUUUUCACCAGCUAAAUAUAAAAAAAAAUUCAGUUAACUUAUUGUUUACUGAUCAAUGGUUACAUUUAUUGGCACUAUUAGGAUCAUAUAUUUUUUAAUAACGGGCAACUAGCGAGCAGGAGUUAUCUUAUGGAACACAGUUAUUAACAAAUCAAACUUAGUGUAUGGCUUUAGUCGACCAAAAAAGAAAGAGAGGAUAAAUUUCAAUAUUUACUGUCCCGAUAACUACUACCUAUCAUAUUUGCAGAUGUUCAUUGUGCCCUUUUUUCCUUGUAUACUUGUGUCUUAUUUCCCGUUUUUUUUUUUUUUAAAUCUUAGAAUAUCCUCAGUUUUAGUGGAAAAAAUGUAAACAAAAAGAAUCGGAAGUCUUUCACUACUUGAAUAAGCACCUCUUUUGGUAAGUAAAUUUUUUAUUACCCCUAGAGAUGAUCAGCAGUCUCACCUCUAGAAAGCUGAUAAGCUAAUAUCUUAUAUCUCCUCCUGACUUCCCUAAAAAAAGGAUGAGAACUCCAAGCUAAGACACAUCAUUCACAAUGCUAUAUGACUGCUAGACUACCCUUCUUCUGUACAACAUCUUUCUCCUAGGCAUCAAUGAAACAGUAUCAAGGAUAGAAAUUCAUAGUUUCCAGCUGCCCUGCAAUCUUCUCGUUGUGACUUCCUCGACAAGGACAUCCUGUACUCAUUUUGCAAAGAGUCUCCACAUUUCUCCUUCUUCCCUGGAAUAAGCACCUUUACAUGCCAAUUUAUGUUUCGUUCUUUAGAUUGGUUACUUAGCCAUUUAGUAUCAUGUACUCUACUGUCUCGGACCUUGUAACUUGAGUUAGUUAUGCAAAAUUGAUGCCAAAAGAGGACAAAGAUCAGUAGGUGUUAAACCUUUUGAUCUUGUUGACCGCCUAUGGUUUUUCUCUUAGAUGACAGACCACUACGACCAUCACUACAACAAAAUAAGUAUGACAGCUCAAUCCCAACCAAAACAGGUAGGCGAUUUGAAUUCCUCAUCAUCCUUCACUUGGACCUGUUUCAUUCCUAUAUUCGAUAAUUUGGGGAUCUCUAACGCUGAAAAUCAUAUACAUUUCUACUGAUAUAUCUAUAAAAACUAAAAAUGUUCCGAGCAAAAUUGGGCCUAAUGCAAGCAUGCCAAUAUGAUUAAGAUUUUAUUCAGAACUAUCAGGCGUCACUCAUAUGGAUCUUUCGCUUCUAUUGCAUUCCGUUUUGGCUAAGUCUGCAUGGAUUUCGAGAGAUUGUAGGUUUUUUUAGACAGCUUUUUUCAUGUGACUGUAGGUCUAUCUCGUCCCUUUUAAAACCUUUAAUUAUUAUGAUUUCACACCUAUAGCCCUUUGCAUUUGGAAGUUUAAGUAGGACAUAGAUAAACCAUCUCAAACGACAUUCUCUCAUGUUGUUCGUUAUGCAUACAACUUGCACCUCCUGGCGGAUGUGGUGAGAUCAUUUUUUAUCUUGUCUGAUUUUGUAUGCACGCACAUCUAUCUUAUCAUCUGCAUGUGUGUGACACUCAUCUUGUUCAUAUGUUGGGCCUUAAGAUGAAACAAAUUUAUGAAAAUGAACAGGGAUUCAAAAUAACAACUAUAAUUUUUAUGACAAUUGGCUAGAGGAUGUGAAUUUCAUGGACAUCUGAAGUUGACUGCAGUUAGUAUCUAUGACUUUGAUACUGGGGGUUUAUGGACCAUCCAAUUUGCAGCUUGGACCAAAUUCCUCAAUCCUGAUAAAACCCAAUCCCUUAUUUGUGGAAAAUAUAAAGGUGGAAGAGAUGGAUGAUGCAAACACUAGACCAAUGGUGUAUGGGUUUUAUGAAAAUCCUUCUCUUGAUGUUUUAACAACUUUUUCUGAAGCUUACAAAACCUCUCUUCCUGCAAACACUAACAAGCAAUGGAUAUAUUACUUGAAUCAAGGAUCUCAAAUAAACAUUUCAUAUAGUGUCAAUUCCUCAAGUUCGCAUUCUUUAGUCCUUAUUAUUGCUCAAGGAAGCGAAGGGCUAGCGCAGUGGCUUGAGGACCCAUCAUAUCCAAAUACUACAUUAUCAUGGAAUGUCAUUCAUGGGAAUGGCACAAUCAGCCAGGACAUAGGAAAAUCCUCUAGUUAUUACGUGGCAGUGGGCAACUUGAACUCUGGAGUUGUGCAGGUUCGUUUGGAUAUUAAAGGUAGGGCUUUGCUCUAUAAUACAACCGGUGCCUACUACGAGUGCAACCUUAGACGAAAACAGUGUAGUAUGAGAUUCUUUUUGGCCGGUCGAAAUGCUGCGCUUUUGACUUCGCCUCCCCAAAGGCCAGGUACAGCUACCGGUAUGUGGAGUGUCAAACUUUCCUAUGGACCUCGAUGGAUCACAUAUCUUCUUGGAGUAGGAGGUAUGAGUUUUCUCAUUUGGCUGGUAUUCUGGUACUUGAAUAAUAUGCAAUCCACUCAUCAGGAAGGGACUAGAGAUCCAGUGGGGCCGAUGGAAUCUCAGCAGACCCCUCUUCUUUCACGCAAAGAUGAUGAUCUCACAAGCUGGGGUUCUUCUUAUGAUGGUCUUUCACAAGAUGACGAGUAUAAUGAAGAUGGACUGGACCUCACUGCACCUCAAGGGAAACAAGUAAAAGAUGGUGAAUACAACAGCAAUAUUCGCCGUCUUUGUGCAAUUUGUUUUGAUGCGCCAAGGGACUGCUUCUUUCUUCCAUGCGGACACUAUGCGUCCUGUUUUGAAUGUGGAACAAGGAUAGCAGAAGCUGCUGGUACUUGCCCAAUCUGUCGCAGGCCUAUGAAGAAGGUGAGAAAGAUAUACUCAGUUUGAGCAGCCAAGAGAAAGCUGUUGUAGAUACAAUGUACAUAGAUCAUGGAUAUACCAUGUACUCCUUCCAGUGAAUUAGUCUUUGAAGAUGCUGUAAAUGAAAUAGUUCACAGUGUUGGUAGGCCUAUUUCUUUUUAUGUGAAUAACUAAGAGCAUGUGUAGCUGGCAGCACAUAUGUAUAAUGUGAUGCCCUUUUCCUUCUGUUGCCAUCUUUUUUGGUAUAGCCGGCAGCACAUAAUGUAUUCUUCUGUAGCAUGUAUUUUAAUUCUUUUUCCCCUGGAUGUUUGGUUCUUUACAUUGGUUUACUCUACCAAAUAGCAAUUACACUAUCAUGUACUUGAAAACAUACAGUUGGUGAAGUUACGCACAUUCUUGUUGAUAUUCUAA